AUGAGUGGUAAAUUGUUAAAAACUCUAAUUCUUGGAGCACCUGCCUCAGGCAAGGGCACUAUAUCGUCCCGGAUAGUGAAGAAAUAUGCUGUGGCACAUGUGUCCAGUGGAGACAAGUUGAGGGACCACAUUGAGAAACAAACUGACCUAGGUAAAGAAGUUAAAAAGUACUUGAAUGAAGGGAAACUUGUACCUGAUGAUGUAAUGAUAAAAUUUAUGAUCACGGAAUUAAAAAAAGUUGAAGAUAAACCAUGGCUACUGGAUGGAUUCCCGAGGACUGUGGGACAAGCUGAUGCAUUGUGGAAGGUACAACCUGUUGAUGUUGUAGUUAACUUAGUAGUGCCUUUUGAGGUAAUCAUAGACAGAGUGAAGAACCGCUGGGUGCACUUACCUUCAGGCCGAGUUUAUAACAUUGGCUUCAACACUCCUAAAGUUGAAGGUAAGGAUGAUGAGACAGGUGAGGACUUGGUUCAGAGACCUGAUGACAAGCCUGAAGCUGUGCGCAAGCGGCUGGAGAUCUAUGAGAGUGUGACGAGGCCAGUCAUAGAGUUCUACAAAGCUAAAGGUAUUCUAAAAGAGUUUGAAGGGCGCACUUCUGAUGAGAUUUGGCCAAAAGUUACAGCUUAUCUAGAUCCUAUUUUUAAAAAGUGA